AUGAUAGGAUUUAUUAUUGGAGUUGCCAUAUUUGGAGCUUGGUCAUUCUAUAUUGUAAAUGUAAUCAACAAAGUAGUGUUCAAGACUCUUAAAUUUACUGAAGAACUUGAUCCUAAUUUAGAGGAACGUUUCAAACCUUUCGAACGUUUUGAGAGAAAGCUAUGGAAUGUUAAAGAAAUGUACUUUUGUGGUAUAUUUCUCCUUCCAAUUAGAGUUGCCAUAGUUGUUGUCGUUAUGAUCUUCUUAACCUUGUUUUUAUUUGUCUUGGUAGGUUUCAAGCCAAAUGCUCACAAGGAAGAAUAUCCUACAUGGAAACGCAAUAGCAUUGUCUAUGUCUCUAGAGUAAUUGCCCGUAUUAUUCUUUUCUGCUGUGGCAUUUACUGGAUCGAUAAGAAGAACGCUUAAAUUCAUGAUUAUGAUAAAGAGUAUCCUCUCUCUCAUAACUUACGUAGUGGAAAGAGCAAUCGUGCUCCUAUUAUUGUUUCAAAUCAUGUUACUUGGAUUGACAUUAUGUAUUUCUGCAGUUGCUCUCACUUCCCUUCCUACCUCUCUAAGAAGGACGUCUAAAAUAUUCCUUUCUUUGGUGCUGCUGCAAAAGCCUUCUAAUGUAUUUUUGUAGAUCGUGAAAGCAAUGAAAACAAGCAUGAAGUCAGAGAUGCUAUUCGCGCACGUGGAGAAGGUAUAAAAGAAGGCAAAAACUUCCCUCCAAUCGUUAUCUUCCCUGAAGGCACAACUUCGAAUGGUACCCAUUUGAUCUCAUUCAAAAAAGGUGCAUUUGAAAAUCUACUUCCUGUAAAAAUUUUCUGUCUUUAGUAUCCUAUUCGUCAUGUAAAUGUAGCUCUAGAUGUCUUAGGUUAGGGAAUAAAUGUACUUUUAGUUUUCUGCCAACUAAAGAAUAACUUAUCUGUAACUGAAUUCAACACCUUUUAUCCUGAUCAUCUUAAUCUUUCACACGAUAAAGAAGAUGAUUGGAAAAUAUAUGCUCGCAAAGUGAAAGACAUCAUGCUUGCCGCUAUGCCUAACAAGAAGAAUUCAGAAAGCGGUUUUAGAGAUGUAAAAGAAUACGAAAGUAUUAUUUUCCCAAGAAAAGAAAAAUAAACAAAUAAGGCUGAGGAAACCACCACACCAACAGAGGGCAGCCAAAACAAAAAAUAUGAUUGA